AUGAAUAAUCCUUUUAAUAAAAAUGGAAAUAAUAAUAUUACAUUUAAAUAUUUAGAACCUGAGAAAAUCGAUAAUGGAUUAGAAUGUGCAAUUUGUUUAGAAGUAUUAAAUGAUCCAGUUGUGGAGAGUCAAUGUGGUCAAAUGUUUUGUAGGGAAUGUAUAAAUAAUGCAAUAUCAGUUAAACCAAUUUGUCCAUUAUGUAAUCAAAUGGCAUCGAUUGGAAUCGUAGCAAAGUAUGUAUCAAAUAAAUUAAAUGAAGCAUUAGUGACAUGUACAUUAUGUGAUGAUGUAUCGUCAAUUAAAAGGGGUGAAUAUAAAUCAAUGCAUUUGGACAAACAAUGUAAAUCACAGCACUGUGAAGGUUGUGGAUCCAAAUUCACCCGAUCCGAAUUCGAUCAUCAUAUUAAAUUCGAUUGUUCAAUGGCAAUUGUUAAUUGCAGUGGUCAAGAUAUUUUAUGUCCAUUCAGAUCUACGAAAUCAGAAGUUUCAAUACAUGAAAUCAAUUGUUACCAUUUAUCUCUAAGAACAGUUUUAAGUGACUUAAUUAAAUCAAAUAAAGAAAAAGAUGAAAAAAUCAAGAAAUUAGAGACCCAAUUAUUAUUUCAACAAAACACUAGUGGCAUUGGUAUUGGUAGUAAUGAUGCUUUAGUUAAUCAACAAAUUAAAAAUCAACAAUUUCAAUUAUUACAACAACAAAACCUUUUAGGACAAACUCAACAACAAGUCCAACAACAAUAUUUCCUUCAACAACAACAAUUAUUACAACAACAAAGACAACAUCAAUUAAGUCAAUUAAAUUCUUUUCAAGAUGGAUUGUACAGACCUUAA